GUUUCCUAUCACCCACCUUGAGGACAAGGUGGUUGUUUAGGGGGAGGGGAGUAUUGAUAGGAAUAGAUAUUAAGUGGGCCUAUUAUUAUAGAUAAUAAUAAGUGGGCCUGAAAUAUUAAUAGCAGGGAAAGGGUUAUGGGAUAUAUUAGUAGUCUAUCCCUACGGGAGUAUUAACUAUAAAUAGAUGUGGGAGUAGCUAAAUAAUGGAGGCAGUUAUUGAAUUGGCAUUUUGGUUUAGGAGAGUGGGCUUCUCGAACAGUCCCAGCACUUGUAUUCUUACUUGAGCUUUUCUUACCGCAAUAAACAAUUGAUCGAUCUGUUCUUACUUCUUAGUUCAUUAGUUAGAGAAAUUGUUACAGAUCUGUCCAGAUUCUAACAUACUGGUUGUAGCUUCAUUAUGUUUCCGUAAUCCAGAGCAACAUUAAUGGAAAUAAAGAGUAUAAGACUAGCCACCUACCACCUCAUUCAGACCAUUUCAUCAGUUUACGUUUAUACUUGAUGUUAAACAAAAGAAGAGUUCUAUAGGUGCAUGAUUGAAGAAAGAAAUAUGCUAGCGAUAAUAAAAAUAUGGAUAUGAAGAAGAAAUAUAGCAGUGGUCUUAGCAACAAAUAGCACUUAAAAGUGAACUGUUAAACCUUGACCUUGUAGAAUAUGAUAUGAAAUCAAGGAUACUGUGGAUUUAUUUCCUGAUUUAGAGAAUAACUACUAUUGUACUUAAGAUCUGAUUUUGUAUUAAUUACCAGUAUCAUGUAUUUUAUUCUUUCUAGAAAUAGGAUAUUCUAUUAUUUAGAUUAGCAGAUUGUAUAUUUAAUGCCUUAGUUUCUCUCCUCAAUAGGCUGUAUAAAUAUCCUAUCAUUCUGAGAUUGUAAUAUAUAUCACAAAUAUUCAGAAUUUCACAUGGUAUCAGAGCUCUAGCUAUCCUAGGGUUUCUGUACUCCUCUUCUGGUCGUGCCCAUCUCUUAUGUCUAUCAUGGCUCACGAAAACAACAGCUUCAUCUCAGAGACAACCUCUAAAACACCCUCACCAAUUCUUUUUGCCUCUUUUCAAAUAAAUGAAGAUGUCUCUCUCAUUACCAGCUGCAAAUUCAAUGGACACAAAUUCUUUCAACUUGAAGCCCUUCAGAAACUUCUGAAUCAUUCCUCCAUUCAUCCAACCUCUAUGCAUGAUACUAGUAUGUUGGCUAUGAGAGGUAAUAAAUCAGUUGCUUGUUCUGUCAAUAGAAGCACUAACAAAUCAUGGAUUCUAGACUCCGGAGCUUCAGAUCAGAUGACAAGAGAUGCAUCAAUUUUCUGUGAGUUUCACCCGAAGAAAGGAAAUCAUACAGUCAAAAUAGCAGAUGGCUCACUUUCUCAAGUUGAGGGUUCCGGUUCAGUCAGAAUAACUAAGGACCUCACUCUCAAAUCUGUGCUCUAUGUGCCCAAAUUAGACUGAUUUGAACUCAGGGAAGAGGAUUGGCAAUGCUAAGAUGUGUUCCGGACUAUAUGUUCUACGUGAUGAAGCUUCACCCACCAACACAAACCAAAAGUUCAGUUUGCUUUCUU